UAGCUUCCGGUUUCAAUUAUAGCCCGGUUGUUGUGCAACCCACGACUUUGGUUUAUUGAAAUUAUUCAUUCAUCGUUCUUUUGUUUUGUUUAUCAUGGACAUCGAGGCAAAGUUGUUUAAUUUUAAUGUUGGAGUUCUUGGCCAUGUUGACAGCGGAAAAACAAGUUUAUCAAAGGCAUUAAGUACAGUGGCAAGUACGGCGAGUUUUGAUAAAAAUCCACAGAGUAAGGAAAGGGGCAUAACUCUUGAUUUAGGCUUCUCAUCCUUUGCUGUUGAUAUUCCACCUCACUUGAAAAAUGAAUUGGGGAGCUAUGAAAAGGUUCAGUACACGUUGGUGGAUUGUCCUGGACAUGCAAGUCUGAUUCGAACAAUUAUUGGUGGUGCAGCCAUCAUAGACUUGAUGAUACUUGUUGUAGAUAUUGUUAAGGGAAUGCAGACACAAACAGCUGAAUGCUUAAUCAUUGGGGAAAUUCUUUGUGAAAAGAUGAUAGUUGUCCUAAAUAAAACAGACCUAAUUGAAGAAGAAAAGAGAAAGCCAACAAUUGAAAAAAUGAAGAAAAGAAUGCUGAAAACAUUAGAAAGGACAAGAUUUGCAGACUGCCCAAUUGUUUGUACAUCAGCCAAACCUGGAGGCUCAGAUGCUGAUAGUGGUUCUUCUGCUGGAGUAGAAGAUUUGAUCACAACCAUUCAAAAUCAUACCUAUUUACCUAAUCGUAAUGAAAUAGGACCAUUUAUAUUUUCAGUAGAUCACUGUUUCUCAAUCAGAGGUCAAGGCACUAUAAUGACUGGCACCUGCUUGCAGGGUUCCAUUUCAAUCAACGAUACGCUAGAAAUUCCAUCACUUUCAGUUCAAAAGAAAAUAAAAUCCAUCCAAAUAUUUAAAAAGCCAGCUGUUAAGAUAGUCCAGGGAGAUAGAGCUGGAAUAUGUGUCACACAAUUUGAUGCCAAGCUUAUGGAAAGGGGUUUAGUUUGUACACCAGGGGCCUUGCCCACCAUAAUGGCAGCUAUUGUGUCUAUUGAGAAAAUAGCUUUCUUUAAAGGUAACAUUAACACAAAAGCUAAGUUUCAUAUAACACUAGGACACGAAACAGUUAUGGGAAAAAUUACUGUUUUUGGAUGUGAACAAGACAGUGGUGACAACAAGUUUGAUUUUUCAAAGGAAUACAGGUAUCAAGAUAGUUAUUUGACUAAGGAUAUGUGUGAUGGCCAAGACGACAGAAUGAUGCCUAUAAAACAAUAUGCUUUAAUCGAAUUGGAUAAACCAGUCACAUGUGCCAUAAAUUCACUUGUGAUUGGUUCUAAAUUGGACACAGACGUUCAUGCAAAUACCUGUCGCCUGGCAUUUUAUGGUCGACUAUUAGAAAUAUUUACAAGUGCAAAAUAUGCAGAAGAAUCGUUACCCAAACUCAAGAUUUUUAAAAUUAAGAAGCGCGAAGGAGGCAUUGAUAGGGUGGCAGAUGAAUAUUCAAUUAUUGGAAAGAAUUUGUUUAAGAAAACAACAAAUAUGGAUUUGUUUACCAAUUUAAAGGUUGUUCUAUCCACUGGUGAAAAUGGAACAAUUGAAGGAAGUUUUGGAACAAGUGACUGUGACAAUAGCAGAAUAGAUUGAAUCAAAUAAUCGCAAGUUGAUUAUGAGGCCCCGUGAUUACUCAACCCUCACGACUAGAGGAAGAUGGACAUGUAUAUUAAACACAAUAGAGCAAAGCUGAGGAUGACGAACGAUGUUUAAGACUAGAGGAAGAUGUGUUUUAAACACAAUAGAAAUAAGCUGAGGAUGAUGACCGAUGUUUAAGACUACAGUACUUGUAAGAAAAUAUAAUCAGCUGUCACAGACUUCUUUACAAAAUGGCAGCAAAGUGAUUUAUAGAAAACUGAGGGAAGCAUGGGUCUUUACAUGUACAUUACCUGCUAACUAUCCAGGAAACUGGGUAAUAUUAUUUGUAAAUCAUGACAAAUAUUUUCCAUUCCUUUUUUAAAACAAUUUCCUCUUCCUUGUUCGUGUUUGCUAUGCUAUGACAAUUUAUGAUGCUCAGGCACUAUUGCUACAUGUAUCUGGAUCAGCUUCAUGCUGAGAAAGCCUUACACAAGCUAAGUCUAGCCCUUGUCAACUGUAAAGAACUAUAACUUCGAACUUAAAAGUUAUUGCCCCACACCUCCCAAUCCUCUACAUACCAGAGUUCAGAAAUUUGUUUGAAUUAAUCAUCAGCUUACUAGUACCUUUAGGAAGUCAAGCAAUCGAAUUAGGUUUGAUAAUAAGUAUUGUCACAUUAAUGUGCAAACCCUUACAACUUAGUAAAUUGGAUGAGAUUUCUUAGAAAGUCAUAGCAAAGAAUAAAAAACUGGCUGAAUAAUGUUAUGUCAUCCAAAGAGUAGAUGAGACUAAAGGAGAACUCCAGCCUAAGCUGAUUUAAUAUAUUAUUCAUGAUCUAGUUUGUAAAAUCUAAAGUACAAAUCAUUUUGCUUUUAUCUUAUGAGUUGCUGUAAAUAAACAAACAAACAAAAGCCACAUGUUUACUUGUAUAUAACUAGCUUUAUGCUACAGUUUUCUCAUACAUCAAAGCUGACAUGUUAAUAUUUUAAUUAAAAGCAAAAUGACUUCCACUUCGAAACUAUUAGAAUAAAAUACCAGCAGCUGCCAGACAGGAUACGCCCACAUUUGUGAGAUGGAUAGAGAACAAGCUAAAAAGAAAGUGAUUUUUCCUACAAUCAAUUUAAGGGCCAUAAUUCAGGAAAUUACAAUUCGAUAUGCGCAAAU